CACGUUGGCUCGUAUCUUGUAUUUCGCGGUGGUAGCAGCGGCGGCGAAGGUGAACGGUGGUGGUCCGAGUUUGCAGAGUGGGUACAGUGUGUACGUUAGAUAGCGAAGGUGUAAGUACGUCUGGCUGGUGAGCUGUGCUUACGCGUUUUCGUCUCCCGUGCGGCGGGGGCUACCCUUCGCAAUAAUCCGCGUCACGCAUGGCACCGCUUCGUGCCUGAGACGCCUUUUUCUCGGAGACAGAGAGAGCAGGAUCGUGCACGGCCGGGGCCCAGCCUCUUCGCGUGCCUCGUCUCAUUUUGUCGUUUUCGAGCGCCGGGGAGACAGAGUCGCGAACGAGCCGACAGAAUGACCAGCCAGGAGACGCUCGACCAAGGGAUCAGUAACGUGGAAACCGAGUAUCUCGAGAUCAACUCGAAAGGAGCCUGGCCGAUUCUCUAUCAGCAUAUACGCAACGAAUGCAGUAAUUUUACAUACACAUGCAAUGAAUCAAAGAAACCACAAAACAGAAAUUUAAACCGUUAUAGAGAUGUUUUGCCAUAUGACCAUAGUAGGAUUGUCCUUAAAAGGGGCCCAUGUGAUUAUGUCAAUGCUAACCUCAUACGGGUAGAUCGUGCCCAUAGACAAUACAUUCUUACACAAGGACCAUUGGAAAAUACUGCUGGCCACUUUUGGCUAAUGGUAUGGGAGCAAAAUUCUAAAGCUGUGUUAAUGUUAAAUAAGAUAAUUGAAAAGAAUCAUGUUAAGUGUUAUCAGUAUUGGCCUCUUGGUGAUUCGAUUAAUACUAUGAUGUUUCCGGAUGUUGGUAUAAAAGUAAAAUAUAUCAGUAAAACAGAAUCAUCGGAUUACACAACUAGAAUAUUAAAGUUAACUGACUUGGAAACAAAAGAAAGUAGAGAAAUAUUACAUUUUCAUUAUACUACCUGGCCUGACUUUGGAGUUCCACAAAGUCCAACAGCUUUUUUACGUUUUUUAACAGAUGUCAGGCAAUCAGGAGCAUUAGAUCAAAAUGUUGGUCCCCCUGUGGUACAUUGUUCUGCAGGAAUUGGGAGAUCAGGAACAUUUUGUUUAGUUGAUACAUGUCUUGUUUUGAUUGAAGAAAGUGGAUUGAAUUCUGUGAAUGUUAGAGAAGUGUUAAUAGAAAUGAGAAGACACAGAAUGGGUUUAAUUCAAACACCAGAUCAAUUAAGAUUUUCAUAUGCUGCCAUCAUCGAAGGAGCAAAACAACUGCCAUCCAACAACGUGAAUAUUAAUAAUGAAGUGGUAACAAAUCAUUAUGACGUGGUAAGUAACAUCAGUAAUUCUUCGAACGAAGAGGAAGAUGAACCACCUCCUUUGCCACCUCCAAGAGGUGAAUCCUUAACACGUAGCAUGAUGGCAGAUUUAACUUCAAAUCCAAUAACAAGAAAUGACGAAUUAAGUGCACCACCUGACAAACCAUUGCCUAGAGAGCCAUCAAUUUCCACAGAAAUAUCUACUACCAGUCCACAGGCUGUUGCAAACUCUGCAGUAAUCACAAACAAUUUACAUGAACAGAAUUCCGAUGGUGUUGUGGUGCCUAAUGAUAAUACUAGUGACGGUGAAAACUCUUCAAAAACAAUUAGUCCUCCGUCCAGUCCAGAUACGAAAAACGAAGUACGUCAUCGUAAUAAGGAGAAGAAAGAACGUCUGGCAGCACAAGUACGGGAGAUGAAGCGUCGUCAAAAAGAGACUGAAGAAUGGCAGAAGCUCAAGAGGUCAUUAUUUAAACCUCUUACAAUAGGCAUAGGCGCUGCAAUUGUUGGUGGGGGUAUUAUAGCAAUCUGUGGCUAUUUGUACAUGCGUGGUUAGGACCGAAUUGUUUCCCUGUCACACAUGUACAUGGACCAUCGAAUUGUCAGUGAUCGAAUAGGUGAUCCGCACAUUCAAGAAUAGUUACUUUCACUACGAAAUAUUUAACAGCUCCAUUGCACAUGCCAUUGAUUGCCGUUUCGAGAGAGUAAUUAAUCAGGGAGAAGCAUUUAGUGUUAUGUAAUUUAAAGUAAAAAUACACGCAGUCGUCGUGAGGCGUUAUAGUAAUGAGACUAUCAGUUGAGUUGGCAAAAUGAGACAUAUGUCAGUUAUCAAAGAAACGUUCAAGAGAAGUAACUUAUUCUAACAAAGUGCAUUUUGUAAAGGACAUUGCUGCACGAUAAAGAAGCGAGAAAAAAAAUGAGAAAGAGAUCAGGAAGUCAAUGAUAAAUAGGAACGAAAGAGAAAAAGGGAGAUCCUCGAUUUGUAUUUUUGUAUCGUGAUUCACUUAAUGAGUAUGUAUCAUACUAGAAGCUAAAUAUUCUUUUGAAAAUCUUCUUGUUAGGUUUCCAUGAAAGUUGCACUUGACAAAGUCAGUAGACCCUUUCGCAUUCGCGUUUCCAAUCAUAGUGAAAUAAGAGGUAAAUUAACUUAGAUUUUUACUUUGUGAUCUUUUUCUACCCAAUUAGAAAUAGAGACUAUCUUUUUUAUUUGUUUGAUGAUGCUAACAAUUGAACGUGUAUUCUGUGAAGUAGGAUGUAAGAAAAAGCACAUGUAAAAAUCUAAUAUAAGUAAAAUAACAGUGUCCUCUUAUUCUCAUAUUGUAAUGAUGGUAGGUUCUUACAUAUAAUAGAAUACAUUACACACGAAGUGGGUGCACGACAUUUCGAUAAGUAAGAUCGAUUAUUUACUUUUAAAGUAAUAAUCAAUAUAGAGGCAAUUAAAAGUAUUAAUUUACCACAUUUUUUAUUUCUUACAACAUUUAAAUAAAUUUAGAUUUCUUUAAUUUAAUUCAUUUCAUUAUCUCCAAUAUUUUAAUUCUGAUAAUGAGUUGAAGGAUGAAAGAGACGAGUUUCCUUCAAUUUUUCAACUGUUAUUCUUCGAACAAUUUGAUCUACUGUUAGCAAUCAUCCAGGGUACCAAAAUCAUUCGCUUAGAGUUUAAUAAGUAACCCCGAUCAUCUUGCUAGAAUUUAAUGGAUAUAUUCGUGAUAGUCAUAGAGAAAUGUUAAUGAACUUUACAGUUAUAGUACACUAUAUAAAUGUUUCUUUUUAUAAAUAACUUGCCCAUAUAAGUAGAAUCCAUUCUUCUAUAAAAUGUUCAUGACGAAACGAAGUCACAUUAGAAAUUAGCAUAAGCGAUGCCUGUGACGUACCAUGGCCCAUUCUCACAUGGCAGAUGAAUGUUGUUUACUUAAAAUCAUCGAUUUCGUUCGAAACUUGUUCCUGGGGCAUGCGUUAAAGGGGAGGGGAAAGAAAAAAGAAACAAAUCAUCUUGACUUUCUCUCUUCCUGGAAGAAACGCGUCAUCGAGAUAUUCCGUUUAAUAUGGCAACUGGUGCCUUCGAUGUUGUGUGUACUUCGUAAAUAAUUCAUGCAAUUUCGUAAAAUGCUCGUAAUCGUUUGUAAUAUGAGUCAUUUUAUACUCGAAGUAGCCGAGGGUAUUUUUUAUGCGAGAAUUACAUGACCUGGUUAACAGAAAAAUUAUCAAAUUUCUCGUAAUACUGGAAUAAUUAGCGGCAAGAAUAUUCUCAGCGAGCAAAACUUGCUAUUGUAUUCAUCACUCGUUAUCCUGCGCAUUGCGUUUUUCAUUUCAUGUGAUGAAAUUGUCGACAUAAUGGGUGCCAAACAAUGAGAAGCCAACAAGAAUUUUGUACGUCAUGCAUAAUAUAUAUAGAAAUAUCUAAUAUUCUUGUGAAUCAGUUUUCGGUCAUCAGCCUUGAUGCAUACUUCAGUGUAAGUAUUAGAACAAUAUCUGAUUACAUGGAAUUGAAUCAAGCACUCGACUAAUUUGAGAAAUUAGUGUUUCGUAGGAACUUCCUCGCAUGCUUGAAGAUGAAGUAAAGUUGCUGUAGAUGAUUCCACUAGUGUAACCAAGAUGUACACGAUAUUGUUUAUCAGAAAUUGAUAUUUUGUGCGCAUCUGAUUAGUAUAAUAUCAAAGGUGAUGUCGAAAAUUGAUUCAGUCAGAGGAACAUGUUGGAAUAAUCAACGGUAUCAUAGCUGUGUUAGUAAAUUUUAUUUUAUACACUUUUAACCCCUUAUCAAAGGCGCUUUUCUAUCAUCUAUCAUUAGCAAUCUCACUCCCGUCUAGCAUUCGGAUAGAUAUUGCAAUAUUUAUACAAAUUAUAAAGAACUUUAGUUCCCACAUAAAAGAGAGUAACUAGGGGUUAAAAAAACAUUAUUUUAAAACACGAAUUCUAACUGAUUUGCUCAAUAGUAAAUCGUUUGAAGCAUAUUGAGCAUCGUGGAAAGACUGAGUACAUCUAUAAUUGCUUCUACAUGAAGUUUAAAAAAGAAACAAAUGGAAACGAAAAAGAAUUACAAAUACGUAACGCGGUCAAAAAAGAUUUUUACUCUUAAGCCGAGCUUCUACACAAAUCGUCACGAUCAUUCUUUAACCUGGAGUAAGCUUACUGGAUCGUGUUCCAACGUUAAACAAACGAGGGAAAGAAGUUAGAACAGGAAGCAAAGUAUAGCUUAGUUGCUUACGUUUUGACUUUUUUCCAAGAAGAAAACACGCGUGGCGUGAACAAACGUAUUUUGUGUACUUUUGUAUUACGUCGUUAAUCCAUAGGAUGCUUGGAACACGAUUUUCAUGUCAAAGAAUUAUUUUUCUUAUACGUGUUACAUUCACUGCACAGUGGUUAUAAAAAGCAUUAGUACAUAAUUAUUAUAGCAUUUAUAUAUUAAUUAAUCAGAUUCAAACGUACUCAGUUUCGUGUCAUUUAAUAGUACUUUUAUGUGAUUACAAAAAGUCGAUACUGUAAAAAUAUAGGACCUGCUAAAAAAAGCGCUUUAUUACAAAGAUAUAUAUAGGUAUAUACAGAUACUUUUUGUAACCACUGUAUAUGUGUUGGUGUGUUCGUUCAUAAUGCACCGAGGCAUAAUCGCAAAUUAUCGUAGGAGAGAUGUCAUCGUGUUCCAUUUAAAGCAAUGUUAAAACGUGUUCGAAGUUGAAUACAGUAUUCUGUCGUCGGUACAGUUCACCUAUGUGUGUGUGCACCAUUGUAUAUCUUGUUACCUGAUUUUCAUCUAGAGUAUAUUCGUACGUUUAUAUUGUCGUUAGAGGAACAUGCGACCCAAACAUGUUUUUUUUUUCUCAUUUUAAAAUGAUUUUUGAAACAUGUUCGAAUAACUUUAAUAUAGCAUGCGAGAACAGUGUGAAAAAACAAUCUUCUCCCAGCAAGGAGAACGACACAUACGUCAGCCUUCAUUUAGAGCGAUUACAUUGAGCGAAAGAGAUGAUAGAGCGUUCCUAGAAGAGAGUCGACAAAUUCGAUAUUUUUUAUAUUUUCUUUUUUAGAAACACGAUGAAUGUGAUCUUCGAGUUUAUAGCGAGAGUGCUUCUUUUCUUGAACGGUUGAAACUGUUUGAAGUUUCCAGGUGCUGACUUUUGGAACAUAAUUUUUAUGUCGAAAUCACUUCCACAAGAAGAUCUAGAAAUAAUAAUGACAACUUUAUUUUAUUAUAUUACUGUAUAAUAUAAAUGUUAACAUUGAUUUCUAUGUUACAACGUAAUUGAACAAUUGAAAUUCUCUAAAUAUGAGGAGUAUUUAAUGACAUUAUAGUAACUCUUACACUGCAAUAUUAUUACUUAAUUUUUGACAAGACCAGAAUUAGCACCUGAAAACUUAUAAUUAGACUGUGGAUGUUUAUAUAUACACAACAAAUUUAGAAGUGCAGAAAUGUAUAGAGUGCACUUAAUACGCAAAAGAUACAUAAAAUAUCCGAAACAAAGGACAGAUUAUAAUAUCUAUAGUAGGUAAAACUAGUUUUUAUCUAGAUUUCAUUUCUUUAAUUACAAAAAUAUGAAAUAUGCAUCCGUAGUUUAUUUAUAACAGUUGUAAUCGACGAGUUAACCGAAGAUUAAAAUUCCUUUCAGAUUAGUUUAGUGUCUUUCGUCGUUAAUGAUCAAUCGUGAUGAAGGCGUUCAUCACACGUUCACCGAGCAUUCUCGUUCCUGUAAUUAUCGAAAAAAUAAGGUGAAUAUUAGACGUCGAAACAUUUGUCCAACUUAUCUGUUGUCGUUGCUGGAAGCUUCUUGAAGAUUUUGACAGAGAGCAUGCGAGAGAACGCGAGAGAAUGUAUGCGUGUGAGAGAUGAGGAACGAGAAACAUACGUAUUCUUGAGAACUAAAAUCCAUGAAAGACACGGUGCUAAUAAAAAGUUCCAAAAAAAGAGACAAAAUAAAAGGAAGGAAGAAAGGGAAAAAGGAGAAGAGGAAGUAUUGAGAAACACGCCUCGACGCGCGUGCAUGCGUGAAAGAGCGAGAAUGAACAGAAGAAGUAUGAGAGUGAAAAAGACGAAAUGUUACGAGCGACGAUCGUGAGAUUUCGUACGAACAUUUUUUCCUACAUUUCGCCUCUAGAAGAAUAAUAUAAGAACAGGAAACAAAAAAGAAAGUCACACCAUGUAAGGAGUUUUUUAGAGGAGUAUACUUCGUCGAUUAUAUGAUAGAAACAUGUUUUAUAUAUAUAGAAAUCGGACGAUCGAGCUCAGAAGAAGAUUUAAAAGAAAAAAAAGUAUAAAAAAAAAAAGACGAAGAGGGGAGGCUUUCGUAUACAAUUUCAGUUUUUCUCCAUCCAGUAAUCUCUCCGUCGUAUACAAUAGACAUAAACUCGUUACGAUACUACAAGGAACCGCAGAAACAUAUAGCUAAGUGCCUACUCCUACGAAAGAAAAGGGAAGAGAAAAAAAGGGAGUCAUAAUAGUGAAAAUACGAUCUGUAGUAGCAUUCAAAUAGAGUUACGACACUGUACGCAACCCCUCGCCUUUUUGGAAGAGCGUAAUCAUCGAGCAAGUGAAUCCUUUAUUAUCCGACAAUAUAUACUUAUACAUGUAAUAUAUAUUUAGAAAUAGAUAAUCGUUCCAGUAAAUCUAUUGUUACCUGACUGUCGAAUGAUCGAGUCACGAGAUUUAUGAUUUAUAGUUUAUUAUAAUUAUUUUUUCACAGGCUAGUAUUUGAAAACAGAAGACUUUUUUUAAUGCAAACUUCAUAGAACUCGAUAAUGCAAUGAUACUUCAUGGAAGAUAUCUAGUGUACUGGUAAAAUUCAAUUCAAAAGCUAAGUAGAAAAGGUCACCAAUUACAAAACUAAUUUUCUUUUAUAUACAAAUAAUAUAUAUAUACAUUUCUUUUUAAUAUCAUAAAAUCACAAUGUAAUGAGUAACAAAAAUAAUGUAUUUACAGAUUAUAUUUUCAGGGAUGUUUAUUUUACCUGUCACUAAAUUCUUCCCAACAAGACAAAAAAGAAAAGACAUUCUCGUGGUUUGAUCAAUUAAUUUGACAAGUCAGGUCGUCUAAAACUUAAGAAUGGAGUUGCGCGUGUGAAAAGGGAAGCAAACAAAUGAAAUACGAUAUAAGGACCAGGAAAGCAAGAACGAAGAUCAGGGUUUAGAUAACGAUAUUAAUGUUGUCCUUCCGGAAAACAAAUAGAACAUGGGCAAUGGUAGGAAGUUACUUCUCCCUGAGGUCAAACUGCAUCCUUGCGACUCUACUUCUACGCAGUUAACUGUUAAUAUUUACAUUUACGAUGUACACCGUGGUAGAAGUUGUAUCAAGACAUGGUAUUUUAAAUGUAAAACGAGAACAGAUACACACAUACAUACACAUGAAUGACAAAUGGAAACGUAACACUUGGUAGAAUUAGAGAAGACUGAAUCAUAGAGGAAGAGGGUCGAAAGAAGUGAAAUGAGAUAAUGUGUUACUGAUUCGCGAAAAUUGGGGAUGAAAGAAAAAUCAAAUUUUUAUACAAUUUAUUUCCGAUUGGCUAUAUGAAAAGAGAAACGAUAUUAGAACAAGAUUAAUGGAAAAAUUCAUUUGAAACGUCACUUCGCUUCUUUACACGUCCCAACUAUAGAACAUUAGAUCAAAACAAAAAAAUAAGAAAACAGUGAAUAGCAUGAGGAAAUGGUUUGCAUGCAAUAAAAUGUUAUUUAUGCGACAAGAAAGAGAAAGAGAGCAGAAAAAGGUCGAUAUGCGCGGCAGCAUCGAUGCCCUCACGACGCAUAUUCGUUUUUUUACUCCCAAAUGUAGAACGAACAAAAAAAAAAAGCAAAGCAAGAACUACUCGUAGACGAGGUUCCCCGAUUUGCAUAUUUAGAUCGAUCAAUACAGGAAAGGAUUUUUUCGUA